AUGCCUCCGAAGAAGAAAUGUACUCGCAAGGCCAGGAAGGCAGAGCUGGUAUUCCUUGAGAGGCCGCGAGAGGGACCCGUCCAUUGCUAUGAAACUCCACUAUCUUCGGCCGAGAAUCCAAGACAUGUUCCUACAAAACCUGUGGACCCGAACACCUCUGCUGCCUGGGUGUGCCCACAAUUUGAAACAACUAAUUCAGUGGUGUUGAAAGCAUGCCAGAAGAAACAUCGUGGUCCUCACAAACCCCAGAAUCAGGAUGCCAACCACAGUUCUCUUCAUGCAGGAGGAGCUCGUCGAAGAGCUAUAGCCUGCAAAUUUCCUCCUUUAACUUUUGAGAAUCCAGAAGGAUAUGCAGUCCACCCCUCGGAUCGUCCAAAUUGCUUGAGGAAGAACACACAGCACUCUCACAGCCAGCCCAAGAAAGGGACAGCAGCAAAAGCCAACAUCCAGGUGAACAGCCCAGAGAACUGUGGAGAAAUACCUUUGUUACCUGCUCCCGAGCCUGUGGAUCCAGAAGUCUUUAGUCCACCAGAUGUAGAGACGCCACAGGUGCCUUCCGUAACAAACUGGAGAUGCAGCAGCACUGUGCCACAAACAAGCAGUCACGCCUGGCAUCCAGAAGAAGAGCUGGCAUUCGGUAUUGAUCCCUGUGGGAGAGUAGAGUCAGCAGCAGUACUGGUUACAGAUACUCCCGAGCAUGAGUAUGGAGUAAAGGUUACUUGGAGACGGCGACCCCAUUUAAUGAAAUACCUGCGGGAGAGAGGGAAGCUGAGUGCUGCUGACAUACUGGUGAAGGCAAACCCCGAGCUCUCAAGCAGACGGGCCAACGUCUAA